CCAAGGCUAAUUGCUUAAACUUGUUCUUGGGAUGAGAACGUUUGCUAAAAGAACCCAGUACGAUUCUCGUGCCUACUACGAGAUUUACAGGGAAGAUAUAAGUAGGUUUUCCGUUGGAAUCUGCGAACGCGAUGCGACGGAAGUGCCAGAUCGGGGCACAUUCCAGGUCAACUUUUGCUACGUUGAUUGUAAGCUCACCGUUCAGUUUUGGAAGCUGCCUGGCAUCACAACCAUUGAUGGAACAACGGCUAAGAAGAUGACUUGCGAGUUAGAAGUGAUCCCAUCGGAGGCAUCUAUGGAGUUUGCCGUCUACAUUGAUGGUAGAAACAAGGUAGCCACAAUGUCCGGGUCAGGUUCAAGUGACAACUAUCCUUUCCAUGAUGGCAUUCCAUCUGCUUAGAUAGAUAGACAUUUCUCAAUUCCGGGAGCUUCUCAUAUAAGGUCGAUUGCAUAAGGCACGCAAAAAAUCAUCAU